ACUAGUGUGGCAGCCACCCUUUCAAUCAAUGCAGCUACGAUGGCUUGGGCUGACUUGAUCUACACAUUAAUUGUGCGGGAUGUAUUUUUUACAGUGUGAUUAAUUUUGUUUACGCAAAGAGGGCGUAGCCAGUGGUCUCCGGUAGCGCGUGCAGUUGCUAACAUACUUUUCUUUGCGGCGUCACUGCACCAACAAACAAAACCGUGCUGCAGUACACCUCAAGGAGGAAACUGUCACCUCUGCUUCGCCUUCGCAUCGCCCGAAACUGUCACAGACAACACCCACAGUGUCAGCGCCCACCGAAGAGAGGAAAACCUGCAACCUGCUGUCAAGAGCCAGCUGCAGGCCAACGCACCUUAGCUAGCAAGCUGAGUUCAAUACGUGAAAAACUUUGUUGGCAAGCUACCGUCAUUAUCUCUGUAUAUCAGCCGUGUCUUUAACCCUGUGUUUAUGGUCAAAGUAUCUCUUUAGACAUAUUCGUUGCUGCCAAAAUAACUUGGUACAUGAAAAUCACAGGGGCGUUUAUGUGUUUGUAAAAGUUAAGUAACACCUUGCUAGCUUGCCAGCCAUGCUAGUUUUUCCUAACGUGACUCACUGGCUGGUAAUGAAUGUACUGUAUCGCAGCGUCGGGUGUUGUCUGGCUUUGGCCCCUUCACUGACAUGCUGCUGAUGACUCGUUUAUGACCAGGCAGAAAGACUUUGUGUUGUCUCCCGUCAAGCCUGGGACAGAGAAACUUGAUUUUAUUGACAAGACUACUUGGAUUUCUACAGUACCAUGGGGUCUCUGAAGGCUCUCCAGGAGUGGUGUCGGAUACAAUGUGAACAUUACAACGAUGUGGAAGUAAGGGACAUGACAACGUCCUUUCGGGACGGGUUGGCGUUUUGUGCCAUCAUACAUCGAUACAGACCAGAAUUAAUAGACUUUGGCUCGCUGUCUAAGGAGAAUGUGUACGACAACAACCGACUGGCGUUUGAAGUGGCGGAGACUCAGCUGGGCAUCCCGGCCCUGUUGGACCCAGAGGACAUGGUGUCCAUGAAAGUGCCUGACCGGCUCAGCAUCAUCACUUACGUCUCCCAGUACUACAACUUCUUCAACAACAAGUCUCAAGCAAACCCCCCUUCCAUGAAAAGGCUCAGUUCUGUGGGUCUUAAUGAACCUGCCCAGAAAAGGCCCCCCACCCCUUUGGAAGACAAAGUGGUCGAGUCUGAGCAGAGCCAGUCUGCUGAGACUGGUGCAGAAACGAUCGCAGUGGUGAAGCACAAUACGCUCAGCAGCACCUGUGCCGCCUGCCAGAAACACGUCCACCUGGUGCAGAGAUUCCUGAUGGACGGAAAGCUCUACCAUCGCAACUGCUUCAGGUGUACAGAGUGUCACAGCACUCUGCUUCCUGGAUCCUACAAACUAGGAAGCAACUCUGGGGCCUUGGUUUGUACACAUCACCUCGCAAAGCAAGCCUUAGCCAACCAGAAUGGCCGGCCGGAUCUGAGUAAGACACCCCCAUUGGCCGCUGCGUCUGUCAGAAUUGGUCGCAGCCCGGUUCCUCACACCUCGCCCUCUGAGAGGACCCAUGCUAAGACUCCUUCUCCUGAGAGACAGACAAAUGAGACUGACACGCCAGCUGAGGACCCCGCUGUCACAACAAAGACUGAUGACUCCGUGGAAGCAGCAAAAGAGACGGACGCCAGUGCAGAGACAGAGGUGACAGCACGCUCAUCUUCUCCUCCCAACCCCUUCGAUGAGAGCGACGAAGAGGAGGAAGAAGUGGAGAAAGAGGAAGAUGGUAAAACACCAGCCAAAGUAACGACCAACGGGGUUCUCCCUUCUGCACCGCUCAGUCUUCACGAAGAGGCCAGUCGGCCAGUGCCGGCCCCCCGCCGCGCCGCUGAGCCCACCCCCCCUCCUCGCCCUGCCCCGCGGGUCCGCCUCCCCCGCAUGGCAGACAGCCCUGCAGCCGGGGAACACCAGAAGCCUCUGAUCCCACCCAAACCUCGAGAAAGAUCACGCUCUCCUGGAAGCCUGUCCAGUGGCACCCCUAAACCCAAAGACCCACCUUGGCUCGCCCUGGUCCAAUCAGACAGCAAGAAGAAGAAAGCCCCUCCCCGUCCCCCUGUCGGACUGGCAACCCCUCCCAACACAGGCUCUCUGUCCUCUCUCAAAGUGGAGGGCUCCAGACCCAGCACCCCCCCUGCGCCUGCCAACCCAUUCGAGGAUGACGACGACGAUGAAAACGUGGAGGUGGAGGAAGAAGAGGGCGGCGAAAGUGCGAUUCCCCCCACAGUUGCGGCGAGUCACCCGUGGUACCGCAUCACCCAGGCAGCAGACACCCCGGGACCAGACCCUCCCCCCAGUGGAGGGAGCUCAUCCCGCUCAGCCAGCCCCGGGAGCUCCAAGAACAAGAAACGGCCGGCCCCUCGGGUCCCGAAGCCCCCAACAGGUCAACAAGUCCUCCCUCACUCUCAGCCCUCCUCUUGCUCCCCCUCCCCAGCCCUCAGCACAGAGAGUCUGUCCUCCAGCUCGGACCACAGCUCCUCCCACCCCCCGCUGGGUGGCAGUGCCAGCAGCGACCAGGAACACGCCUUCACCAAAAGUGUCUCGGAGCCUUCCAUCUGUUCCCCAUGCGACUCUGCAGCCUCCCCUUCCUCCUCCUCCUCCACCGAGCGCCUGCCUCACCCUUUCCUCAGCCCCCACCCUUCUCCAUCGUUUGCCAGCUCCGCUCCAGCCACCCCCCAGAGCAGCCGCAGCUCUGGGACCAAAGGGAGCGCAGCCCCUCCUCCGCGUCCCCCGACGACCCUCAGUCCAUUGGCCUCAGCAGCCACCCAAUCACACAAUAAGCGGAUCUGUAAGGAGAACCCGUUCAACAGGAAAGCUUCUCCCUCUCCUGCCAAAGCCAAAUCCAAACCACCAAAAGGCCCCCGACCCGCCAGACCCCCGGCCCCGGGACACGGCUUCCCUCUGAUCAAACGCAAGGUGCAGUCAGACCAGUACAUCCCGGUGGAGGACAUCCACGGGGAGAUGGGCCAGCUGGAGAAGCAGCUGGACGAGCUGGAGCAGAGGGGGGUGGAGCUGGAGAAGAAGCUGAGGGACACCCCAAACGAUGAGGAUGAGGAGCACCUGCUGGUGGACUGGUUCACUCUCAUCCAUGAGAAACAUCUUCUAGUACGACGAGAGGCUGAGCUGGUCUACACAGCGAAGCAGCAGAACCUGGAGGAGAGGCAGGCUGACGUGGAGUAUGAGCUGAGGUGUCUUCUCAACAAACCAGAGAAAGACUGGACGGAGGAGGACAAGAGUCGGGAUCAGGAGCUCAUGUCUGAGCUGGUGACCAUCAUCGAACAGCGGAACCAAAUCGUCAACAACAUGGACCAGGACAGGCAGAGGGAUGAAGAGGAGGAUAAACUGAUGGAGGCCAUGCUGAAGAAAAAAGACUUCCAUAAGGACCCGGAGGUUGAGACGCCGCAGAAGAAAAAAGGGGGAAAGUUCAAACCCAUAAAGGUGCUAAAGAGGCUGAGCCAUAAAGGGGAACCAAGUAAGAGCCCCCGCAAGGAGAAAUCCCCGUAGACGCAUCGCAUUCUCCUCCAAGAGGAUGUGAGGCUUUUUUCAACAAGACUAAGGCAAGUUUUAAAAAAGGAUGUGAGAAAGAAAGAUAUGAGGAGGCCGCCUUUGACUCCCAGAACCCACUCCACGCUCACUCCAAAAGUCUCUUCAGUGACCUUUCUGUCCGUUGCCUUUGUGCGUUUUUAGACGGUGACAACUGCUUUAUGAGCGGACACGUUUGUAAGCCUUCGACCCGCAGGUUCUAAAAGACUGCACUGAUUGGUUGUACAUUGCCUCACUCUCUUCCGCCUGUCUGACCCUUCGGGCUUUUAUCAAGGCUCCACAGUUGAUCCCUGAUUUCUAUGAGUUUGUAUUGGUUUUCAUCUGUUCCCUGACACAUUUAUCCCCCUCCGCUCCUGAAAUCCAAAGAUCAGAAGCUGGAUAUCUGAGGUUUUAUGUCCGGUUUGAGCCUGUGGUACGAGUGUUUUUUAAAUCUAGCAACGUCUACUCAUGAAAUGCUCAAUCAACUAAGCUCUUCUAGCUGCUAUGUUAUGAGUGUCUCUGGUUUCCUUGUUUUUUAUUUCUCCUGUGAUAGUUUCACGAUGAUGUCACUUGUGUAAAUGCAUAUCAAAGUCAUGGAUGUGAACGUAGAGAUACAGUAUUAAUAGGUGGGUGUGUGGAAAAGAGCGACACUCAGAUGGAUUUAGAGGAGUAUGAAGUUGAGCACUGUAGAUAACAUUUAACUGCAGAUGUCAGGAAGUGUAUCAGUAUGAAAGGUCACUCAUGCAAUAAUGAACAUUAGGAAAGGCAGAUAAACAGUAUGUUAGCAACUGUAGCAAAGCACCAGCUUAUAACAGACUAACUAUUGGGGAAGAAACCUGAAUAUGCAAUCAUUAAUUUAUAUUUUACGAUGCCUUUCCGUGCGUUUCCAUGUUUUGCCUUAAAAGUUGGUAGGAAAAAAAGUGUUAAUAUUGUUUGUAUGUGCCAUUUAUUUAAUUGCAGCGUCAUUUGUUGGAUGUAAAUGUCAGUGUGUUUACUCAUUCUGUUCCUGUUAGUCUGUUUGUUGUCCCUUGUAGUCUGCGUUGUGUCUCUGCUCUGUGCAUGUCCUCCUGUCCAGCUGUAACCAAGGGCUUCUGUAGCGCCACAUGUCUGUCCUAAAACAGCAGCAGGAUUAUUACAAAACAAAUACUGACACUGGAAGGCAGAGGAAUAAAAAUAACGUACUGUAAGUCGUUCAUGUUUCUUGUAACUUUAAUGUGUGAUAAAGAUAAUAAGCCUGUGUAACUGUUCA